AGGCCCCGCCUCCCAGUAAAGAGAGACCAGCGCUGCGGUUCCGGGAGCCGGGUGGCGGCGGCCAGCACCCGCAGCAGCGGGCACCGGGCACCUGUCGGAGAGUCUCGGACUUGAGGCCGGAGGCUCCACUCCCUGCGAGCCCAGAUGCCGCUCCAGCCUUCAAGCAAAGACACAGAAGAGAUGGAAGCAGAGGGUGAUUCAGCUGCCGAGAUGAACGGAGAGGAGGAAGAGAGUGAGGAGGAACGAAGUGGCAGCCAGACCGAGUCCGAGGAGGAGAGCUCAGAGAUGGACGACGAGGACUACGAGCGGCGCCGCAGCGAGUGCGUCAGUGAGAUGCUGGACCUGGAGAAGCAGUUCUCGGAGCUAAAGGAGAAAGCGAGAAGCUGCUGCUCUAUGACACGCUGCAGGGGGAGCUGCAGGAGCGGAUCCAGAGGCUGGAGGAGGACCGCCAGAGCCUGGACAUCAGCUCGGAGUGGUGGGAUGACAAACUGCACACCAGAGGCAGCUCAAGGACCUGGGACUCCCUGCCACCCAGCAAGAGGAAGAAGGCACCCCUCGUUUCUGGCCCUUACAUCGUGUACAUGCUGCAGGAGAUCGACAUCCUGGAGGACUGGACGGCUAUCAAAAAGGCUAGGGCGGCUGUGUCCCCUCAGAAGAGAAAAUCAGAUGGACCCUGACCCUGCGAUUCACAGCCAGCGGGCCCCUCUGGAGCAACAGGCACCAAAACCCGGAUUGACAUUUUCCUGCUGCAGCCAGGCAGACGGACAAGCCCUCGGGGUCUUUCCAGCCGGCUCUCCAGUGCUGCUCUGCGCACUCCCCUCCAGCCCUCGCUGGUCUGGACUCCUGCUCCUGCUCGGGCUUGUACAGCUGUGGCCCAAGCUGUCCUAGCCGGGCCAGACUGAGUCCCUCAUCCCCAACAGCCCCUCCCUUCCCCUGCCGUCAGCCCCAGGUCCCUCCCUGACGAAGACCUGCCUCGUCCUCAGCCAAAGCACAUCCUUCCUGCUGGCCUUGGACCUGGCUCCCCACUCACGGAGCCAGCGUGUUGGCCCACGUCGUGGGAACUCUGAACCAGAAGUUCUGUUGGGGGUCGGGCCGGGGUGGGGGUGGUGGGGAGCGGCUGUCCUGGCUCUUGCCGUGCUGAGAAGGCGGGCUCCCCAGGUCUUCUCAAGGCAGUCCUUGGUGCCUGCCCCCCACACUGCGGGGACUGGAAUUAAAGCAUUUCCUGGGUC